UAUUAUAAAAAUAAAUUAUCUAUUAUAUUCAUUAUUACAUGUCAUAUUUCUCGACAAAAUUCUCCCGAUCAACGGAUCAGGCUCUGUGCUAGUUAAAAUAAAAUACAACGAUAAUAACUCCGCAAGAAAAUCCCAGAUAUUACGACGCCGUUGGUUCAGUUGUGAAAGAUGAAUUGAAAGUGGAAACUGUAUCGCUGCCCGCUGGGGCCCGCUGCAGGUCAGAGCAAAGUCACCUUUUUUUCUCUCUCCCUUAUAUAUCCUUUUCUCCCCACCACUUCGAAUUCAAAUUUCCGAGUGGCAUAUCUCGUAAUAAUAGCCCGAUCCAUGACCACAUUUCCACUCUCCCUCCGCUCCGUAUAUAAAUUUUUUCCUCCCUCACUGUCCACUCUUCCUUCCUUCCCCCCUUUAUUUCUCUCAUUUUUCUGUGAGCGAGUCACUUCUCGGAAGAAAACCUGCAAGUGACGAAAUCGAUCUCUGCAAAACCCUAAUUUCGCUUCGAUCUCCGGGUAGUGGUGGUGGUGUUUGUUUGCCUCGGCGGUCGGAGGCGUACUCCAAUUUUGUAUCACGAUGUCGUUGAGGCCCAACGCGAGGACCGAGGUCCGCAAGAACAGGUACAAGGUCGCCGUCGACGCGGAAGAAGGGCGGCGGCGAAGGGAGGAUAACAUGGUUGAGAUCCGGAAGAAUCGGAGGGAGGAGAGCCUCCAGAAGAAGCGACGGGAGGGACUUGCGGCUCAGCCCAUGCCUGCCUCGAUGCACUCCACCACUGUCGAGAAGAAGUUGGAGCAUCUGCCUUCGAUGGUCACUGGUGUUUGGUCUGAUGAUGGCAAUUUGCAGCUUGAGGCAACAACACAGUUCAGAAAGUUGCUCUCUAUUGAGCGGAGCCCUCCGAUUGAAGAAGUUAUACAAGCUGGAGUUGUUCCACGCUUUGUUGAGUUUCUUAUGAGGGAGGACUUUCCCCAGCUUCAGUUUGAAGCAGCUUGGGCACUUACAAAUAUUGCUUCUGGAACAUCCGAGAACACUAAAGUUGUGAUUGAUCAUGGUGCUGUGCCGAUAUUUGUAAAGCUGCUGGGUUCACCAAGUGAUGAUGUCCGUGAGCAGGCUGUAUGGGCUUUAGGAAAUGUGGCCGGGGAUUCUCCAAGAUGCCGUGAUCUUGUGCUUGGCAAUGGAGCUUUGCUUCCUCUGCUCGCUCAGCUUAAUGAGCAUGCAAAAUUAUCGAUGCUUAGAAAUGCUACAUGGACAUUGUCGAACUUCUGUCGUGGGAAGCCACAGCCUCCGUUCGACCAGGUUAAGCCAGCUCUCCCAGCCCUUACACGGCUGAUUCAUUCUAAUGACGAAGAGGUGUUGACUGAUGCCUGUUGGGCACUCUCAUAUCUAUCUGAUGGUACCAAUGAUAAAAUUCAAGCUGUCAUUGAAGCUGGUGUGUGCCCUCGCCUGGUUGAGCUCUUGCUGCACCUUUCUCCUUCUGUUCUCAUUCCUGCACUUCGGACGGUUGGAAACAUUGUCACUGGUGAUGAUAUGCAAACUCAGUGUAUUAUCAAUCAUCAAGCACUGCCUUGUCUUCUCAACUUGCUGACAAACACCUUUAAGAAAAGCAUCAAGAAAGAAGCUUGCUGGACUAUAUCAAACAUAACUGCUGGUAACAAGGAGCAGAUUCAGUGUGUAAUUGAGGCUGAUAUCAUCGGCCCAUUAGUCCAUCUUUUGCAAAAUGCCGAAUUCGAUAUCAAGAAGGAAGCUGCAUGGGCAAUCUCUAAUGCAACCUCUGGUGGUACCCAUGACCAAAUCAAGUACCUUGUUAGCCAAGGUUGCAUCAAGCCAUUGUGUGACCUUCUCAUCUGUCCUGACCCGAGAAUCGUAACAGUAUGCCUUGAAGGCCUCGAGAACAUCUUGAAGGUUGGAGAAGCGGACAAGAAUCUCGGCAACACUGGCGGUGUAAAUCAGUAUGCCCAGAUGAUUGAUGAUGCCGAAGGUUUGGAGAAAAUUGAGAACUUGCAGUCUCAUGAUAACACUGAGAUUUAUGAGAAGGCUGUCAGAAUUCUUGAGACUUAUUGGAUGGAGGAGGAAGACGAGACGAUGCCACCUGGUGAUACUGUUGCUCAAUCUGGUUUCCAGUUUGGUGGCACUGACCCUGCAGUUCCUCCUGGUGGAUUCAACUUCAGCUAAAUGUACGACUUUUUUACUCUUCAACCUUGAAAUAAGAGAAAUCUGCUUAGAAUUUCCGUUUUGGAGCUUGAGCAUCUAUCUAUGAGCAAGGGCCUGCGUUUCUUGGUCCAGUCUAGAAUUGGAUCGGAUGGAAAAUAAACAGAAAGUGAGGACCAUAGUCAACCCCUUACUGUAUUUGGUCCUUUCUGUUUAUUUUUCAGAUGAUCUGUAGAAUUGAAGCAGAAUCUAACUAUGUUUCGAUGCCAAAUGUCAAUUUGGUCCAAGUCUGCGUGGUGUAAACCUUAAUCAUGCACACCUCCCCUGUCAAUGAGCUAACCAGUUUCUGUUUUUUUUUUCUUCUUCUUUUCCUUUUUCAGAUUGGUCAGCUGGCUUCCAUCAGGCUCGGGAACGCUUUGUCAAGGUCAGGUCAUGUCUGGUCAGGUCGGGUCUUGGGUCAGGGUUUUGUGCGUCUUGGUCAAGUUGACCCGUCUGUGUCGUCAAGUCUAACAGGAGCUGGGUUUGGUUCGGGGUCCUGAGCAUGCAGAGUGCUGCAUAGCGGUAAAUGUCCACGAGUAACCCAGAGUCUAGAUUCUGGACCUCUUUCAUAAGACACUAUCAUGGUCGUCGAGUCAUCGAGUCUAUCUCCGGAAUGUCUUAUAGCUUUCCCACAAUCAGUUUGGGGUCAUAUUCAUCUCUACCCCCCGUUGUUGAUUUUGAAACUCGCAGAAUCCUCCCCCCCUCCUUAAGAUUGAGUCUUUUGUAGCUAUGAUGGCAAAUACCCAAGGGUGAGUCUCCUGGUUUUUUUUGGUCGUUUUUAUCUUGCUUUUGAAUGAUAUAGCUUCGGUCUUGUGCGAGUUGAUCCACCCUUUUACGGUGAAGUCGAGAUGUAAUGAAAGUGUAAUGGAUUUUGGUCAUUUGAAAUGCAGAAAAGAAAGUUGUAAUGCUGAAAGUUUUACUUGUUGAGGAGGUUAUUUGUGUUGAGCACUUGAGGGUCUUGUUUGGAACUUACUGGUACUGUUUUAAACAGAUUGUAAUGUGUGCGUGGAUUACGGAUAGUCGGUAUUUUCGUUAUCGUAUUGGCUGGUCUUCAGUGACCAAAAAUGCGAUUGAUUAAUUUCUGUUAUAUAGUACAAGUCAUGGAAACAGAUGCAUAUGUUCUAUAUACCACAUAUUGAGACUAGUUUAAGCAGAGGCGAAAAUUUUACUUGUUUGCGGUCAGUGUAAUGAUUUCUAUUCUCUGAAUGCAAUUACGAGGAUGACAUAUUCCAUGAUGGGGCAGCUAUUUGAACUUGGCUCAUUUUAGAGGAAAAAUUUAUAAUAUCAAUUCAUUUUUUUUAAUAAUAAUUAGUUAAUAAACGUGAUCUUCUUUCAUCUAUAGUAUUAUCUCCAUAAAUUAAUAACUAUUAAUUUAAAGAGAUUUUUCUUUUAAUAUACGUUCAUCGUAUUUUUCAAACAUUUCAAGUUCGUAUGAUAACUUAUCGCAUUCUACGUAUUCAUAGUAUUAAAAUUAAUAGAAAAAAUUAUGGAUUCUUCGAAUUGGGGGGGUUCAAUUGAGGAUGGAAGAGAUGACAAUUCAAUAUUUUUUGGAACUGGUCACGCGAAAAGAAGCACUUAAAGCCCCAUCGACUCUUCAAAAAUACUUUAUGCUAUUAGAGAAGACAACGCAGGAGACUUUGAGUGCAAUGAGAAAAGUUGAAGAUAAACUUCUAUUAAACUUGAACUUUAAGA